AGAAUCAACAUCUACAGUGUUGCACUAUUGCAGCCUUCUCAUUACACGCUCAUUUAUUUGCGUGCCUUCAAUUAGUAUUCGAUAUACACAAUUAGCAAUCCAUCCAGCUACAGACCCAGUCAUAUAGCGCAACUAUCGUGGAGAACCAUGCCAACUCUUAAGUUCUGUGGCGAAUGCAACAACCUUCUUUACCCCAAGUCCGAUAACAACGCCAAAGUUCUCCUCUAUCAGUGCCGGAAUUGCAACUAUACAGAAAAUGCUACAGUAGAACCUGGAAUGGCGGGAUGUGUGUACAAGCAUGAUCUCUUAACGGUCGCCAGAGAACAACCCGGAGAAACGAAGGAUCUGGACACGGAUCCCACCCUUCAACGUUCGGCCAUUGAGUGCCCCGCUUGUCAUCAUCAUGGUGCUGUUUUCUUCCAAGAUCAGGGUCGUCGUAUCACAACAAAUAUGACUCUUUUCUACUAUUGCACCAACUGUAAACAUCUUUUCCGAGAUCCUACUGUCAGACACCGAUAAGAUUUGGUGAUAUAUAGGCUGCAUCAUGCAUCAUGGUGUGUUGCCAGAAAGGGUCAAUUCUUGAGCUAUCUAGUUAGUUUCACGAUGACGGCAUAGUAUUUGGAGGAGGGUGAUAAUCUUGGGACCCAUGUUGUAUAGACAAUGAUCGUAGCAUGCAAUAAUAGAACUAUAGUUAUCUGCAUCUGGAGAUUACAGUAGUUUAUGGGUUCUUUUACGGAUCCUAUGCUGAUUUACAGAAGUUUAAUAUAUCUAAUUGAUGACAACGUUAAUCAACC